AUGGCCGAAGUGAAGCCUUUGAUCCCGGCGACUAGCCGGGACGUGGAGAGGGCGCUGGGCGAGGAUCCGUACAUCGGCAAGCUCCGAAAGACGGUGCAGCAACUGUUUGGUGCCGAGAGCAAUCCGAAGUUUGCGGAGCACGCCGAGCAUGCCUUCCGCGGAGCUUUUGCACUAGUUUUCUUCGCCAUUCCGAUCAUCAUGCCGAACGAAGUGUGGUCAUUCCGCGACAAGGUGAUGGAGCUUGGCGUCUACUCCAGUGGAGUCUGCAUGUUCAUUGUUUUCAAUCUCGGCGUCUCCUUCGGUCAGGCCUUCAACAGCUGCAAGUCUGGCCUGCAGGGUACUCUCGUGUCCUCCAUGAUGGGGUGGAUCAUGUAUACGCUAUAUCCUGGAGGUUAUGAGGCCACCUCUCCAGAAUAUGUCUUUUAUGGCGGAGUGGCGGCUGGCAUCAUCUACGUCAGCCUAGUGAUGUCCUUGCGGUGUGGCAUCUCUCUGCAGAUGUUCGCAUUGUCCAACUUCGCAUCCACUUGGAUGGAUUUCUUGAACGAAAAGCAUGAAGCUACCAUCAUGCCCCCUUGGACACCGGGUUGGAGCAUCCAGCAGGACACGUUGACACAAAAUUUUGUUUGUACAGGUCUGGGUAUGGUGGCUGUGAUGGUUGCCAGCCUUUUUCCAUAUCCACGUUGGUCACUCAUGUUCGUGACCGAGAGCCAGCUCCAUGCGAACCUUCAAGUGGUCCAGGUGCUGGAUACGAUUGUGAAGUAUUACUCGAACGACAAGCCCAACGUCUACAUCAAGGACCAGGUCAUCCGCAGGCUGACGAAAAUGCGAGGAAUGCUGACGGAGAACGACUCCUUGCUGGCCGCGGCCUGGUGGGAGUGCUAUGGUUUGGGCCGAUCUCAAGUCAAACGCCGCGUUCUGGCAUCCAUGGAUAAGACUACAAAGACAAUCAGUGAUAUGAUUUGGAACGCGUGGCAGGAGUCUAUCUCCGAGGACGUCGGAGAGAUGGAUGCGAAGCUUAUGCGUGCAGUGAGGCCAAGCAUUGAGGAAGUGCUGAAGUCGAUGCAAGUCACCUUAAAUUUGCUCGUCAAGGCAGCCUCGGAUGGUGAGUUGGAUGAUGCAGAGGUCAAAGCGCUGGAGAACAGCUUCAAGGACUUGCAAGACAAAGACGAGGAGAUGACCAAGUCUUUCGCUUCUGCGCGCAAGGACAUCACAAAGGGGGAGGCCAUGGCAAUCUACAAGGAUGUGCGCGUGGCGCAGGUCCUCCUCUUCAGCAUCAGCCGCGUGGUGUCACAAACGGUCGAGCUGGCGGACAAGAUCAAGCAGCAGAUGUCGAAGAGCAAUCUACUGCCGCCUGCACCAGAGAUGGGCGGAUGGUCAGCGCUCUUCGAGAACCUGCUGGAGAAGGACCACGUGAUCUAUGUGGCUAGAGGAUUGCUGGCCUACCUCCUGGCCUUCCAGCUGGGCUGGCAUGGCUGGGGGGGAAUCGUUCCACGGCGAGCUGCUGCCGUCGCUGGAACUGCGCCAUUCCUGAUCACGAUGUACGUGGGCUCUGCUAUGGUUUCUGAUCUCAACCGGAUCCAGGGCCUCAUGAUCGGGCAAGUCAUGGCGAGAGUGGUCCGUGGCCUUGUAGAUAGUUGCUACCUUGAUGACUUGAUCGGCUUAUGUCUGAUUACGUUCGUGUGGGUUUUCAUCGGUGUCUUCGUGCGGGAACACUCCACCACGUUCUCGUCUGUGGGCGCCAUGGCAGCCGCAUUCGGCGGCACCACGCUGCUUGGUGGGAAGCGGGGACCAGUGGGGAGGGUGCUA